CCACCAGCCGGAGCACAGCCAAUAGGAACGCUCUCUCUUUGAAAUUACCUGUGAUUGGUCAAAGUCUAUUAUAUAUGUUUGAUCAUUGUGAUCAUAAAUUUAUUGAAAUCCAAAAAUAUAAUUUUUUAAAAAUGUAUUUAUCCCUGUUAUUUGUACAAACAGCUUAAUAAAUGAAUAAUGACAUAAAAGUAUACAUUUCACACUAUAAAGACUAUAGAGCCUAUAGUGGUGCUGACAUGCAUACAGUAGAACCUCCCCUUCACCACCUCUGUAAUCUGAGAAAAAAAAAAAAAAAUCAAAGUUAAAAAGUGGAAGCUCUGACAUUCCUCAUCCCCCCCUUCAGUCGCACAGACCGUGGUGUACCUUAAAAUGCCUCAGACUUCAGCUCCUCAUCUGGGAAGCGCUUCUUUCUAUGUGGAAACACCAAAAGAAACACCAGAACGCACGCACCGGGCAGGUUUGUCCUCUCCCCAUGAGAGCCAAACCCCCUGAAGUUGGAGAUGCAUGAGACACAUGAGGUCUCCCCCUCCUGCCUGCCUGCCUGCCUGGGUGGUCUCUCUCUCUACUUUAGUGAGCUGUUGCUAAGCAGCUAAUAAUAGUCGUGUUUGCUGAGUAAUUUUUGCCCUUCUGGAACCAAUCAGAUGCAAGAAAGUCCUGCAAUCUGACAGCCCCAGAGGCGGGAUCUCGACUCUUUUUCUCUUUUUUUCCUCCUCUCUUCACCCCUCCUCCUCCUCCUCCUCCUCCUCCUCCUCUGCCUCCAAAUGGAGAGAGGUCUUUUUCCUCCUCUUCUAUUGAAUCUCAGAGUUGGCCGUGACGCGCGGCCCUAGGGGGAAGACCACAGAGGAUCUCGAGCAGAAUGCAAAACGACCAUCGAGCUGUCGUCUCGUGUAUGGGAAACACUUUUGAGAGAGAAACUUACCUUCUUUUUUUUUUUCUGUUGGGUGUUUCAGUGGGUUGGGAGAGAGACUCGGUGAAUGCGGUGUGAAAGAAGCGGUGGAGACCUCCGGAUCGCGAAAUGUUGGGAUGGAAGGCGCAGACUUUGACUCGCCGUCUCCAACAGGAGUAUGAAGUCCUACUUGAGAUCUCCGAGAGGGAAACUUUGUUGUUGCCUUGGGAUAUCGUUGCUACACUGCGCUGCUGUCGGGGGGGACAAAAAAACACUCUGAAAACGGUCUCGCAGUGCCCGCAACAUGGCCUCGGCUGCUAAUGCAACCUCCGAGCAGGAAAACAGAGACCCCGACCGGCCGAGGAUAACGCGGAGGAACCGGGGCGACUUUACCCGCCGCACACCGCUGGAUCUGGACUAUCUGCAGCGGCCGAGUUACUGCGAUGCGGGCUUCGCUUUGGAGCAGAUAACCCAGGGGAAGGCGACCGGGAGGAAAGCACCUCUAUGGCUGAGAGCGAAGUUCCAGAGACUUUUAUUCAGGCUGGGCUGUUACAUACAAAAGAACUGCGGAAAGUUUUUGGUUGUGGGCCUUAUGAUUUUCGGAGCUUUCGCUGUGGGCUUAAGGGCAGCUAAUUUGGAGACGGACGUGGAGAAACUCUGGGUGGAAGUUGGUGGGCGUGUGAACCGGGAACUGAUUUACACGCGGCAGAAUAUAGGCGAGGAGGCCAUGUUUAACCCUCAGCUGAUGAUCCAGACGCCGCGGGAGGACGGAGCCAACGUUCUAACGGUGGAUGCGCUCCUGCAGCACCUGGAGUCAGCGAUCCGAGCCAGCAGAGUUCAUGUUUACCUUUAUAACAGACAAUGGAAAUUAGAAAACUUAUGCUACAAAUCAGGAGAACUAGUCACAGAAACUCAUUAUAUGGAUCAGAUCAUAGAAAAGCUACAUCCCUGCCUCAUUAUCACCCCUUUGGACUGUUUCUGGGAGGGAGCCAAGCUCCAGUCUGGAAUGGUCUAUCUCCCAGGUAAAGCCCCUCUGCAGUGGACCAACUUUGACCCUAAGGAGUUCCUUGAGGAUUUGCGAAGGGCGAACUUUCCCAUUGAAGGCUUUGAGGACAUGUUGGAAAAGUUACAUGUUGGACACGGCUACAUGGAUAGACCCUGUCUGAACCCUGCUGACCCCGACUGCCCCCUCACUGCGCCCAAUAAGAACUCAACUAAGCCAUUCGACGUGGCGCGGGCCCUGAGCGGCGGCUGCCAUGGUCUGUCCAGGAAGUACAUGCACUGGCAGGAGGAGCUGAUCGUAGGAGGGACCACCAAGAACGGCAGCGGACCCCUGCUCAGUGCCCAGGCCUUACAGACCAUGUUCCAGCUGAUGACUCCCAAGCAGAUGUUUGAGCACUUUCGGGGCUACGAGGAGGUUUCCCACAUCAACUGGAAUGAAGAAAAGGCUGCAGCUAUACUGGAAGCCUGGCAGAGGAGAUACUCUGAGGCGGUGCUGCAGAGCGUGGCAGCUAACUCGUCUCAGAAGGUCUUGUCUUUCACCUCCACCACUUUGGAAGAUAUUCUCAAGUCUUUCUCUGACAUCAGUGUCAUCCGUGUGGCCAGUGGAUACCUGCUGAUGCUGGCCUAUGCGUGUCUGACCAUGCUACGGUGGGACUGUGCCAAGUCUCAGGGGGCUGUCGGGCUGGCGGGUGUCCUGCUGGUGACGCUGUCUGUGGCAGCCGGUCUGGGCCUCUGCUCUCUCCUGGGCAUCUCCUUCAAUGCCGCCACCACACAGGUGCUCCCCUUCUUGGCUCUGGGCGUUGGAGUGGAUGACGUCUUCCUCCUCGCUCACGCCUUCAGUGAGACCGGACAGAACAAGAGGAUCCCAUUCGAGGACCGUACGGGGGAGUGUCUGAAGAGGACCGGGGCCAGUGUUGCUCUCACCUCCAUCAGUAACGUCACAGCGUUCUUCAUGGCAGCCCUCAUCCCCAUCCCAGCACUCAGAGCCUUUUCUCUACAGGCUGCGGUGGUGGUGGUGUUUAACUUCGCCAUGGUGCUGCUCAUCUUCCCCGCCAUCCUCAGCAUGGACCUCUACCGACGAGAAGACAGACGUUUCGACAUCUUCUGCUGCUUCUACAGCCCAUGUGCCAAUCGUGUGAUCCAGAUCGAGCCUCAUGCGUACCUUGACGGGGCAGACGGGAGUCACUACAGCCCUCCUCCAUCCUACCGUACCCCUCCUCCCUCAUAUCGCACGCCUCCCCCGAGCUACAGCAGCCCCCCUCCCUCCUACAGCAGCCACGGCUUUGCCCAGCAGACACAAAUCACCAUGCAGUCCACGGUGCAGCUCAGGACGGAGUACGACCCCCGGACUCAGGCCUUCUACACCACGGCCGAGCCCAGAUCCCAGAUCUCCGUGCAGCCCAUGAACCCGGCUCCGACUAGGAGCAACCCCAACAACGACUAUUACAGCAGCAACGCCGGCGGCAGCAGGAGCAGCAGCAGCGACCACGGCAAUCUCAACAACAACAACAGCGGAAGCCGAACUACGGGGGGAUCUGCUACCUUCUCCCAUCAUCACGCCGCACCUCCUCCUGCUAGCUCGGUUCCUCAGGGCGAUGCAGCCACGUCGACUGGCCAGGGACCAGAGAACAACAGCUCCACACGGGACCUGCUGACCCAGCACGGAGAAGGCUCACUGGGCCUGCGCUGCCUCGAUCCUCCCUGCUCCCGCUGGACCCUGUCCUCUUUUGCUGAGAGGCACUACGCUCCAUUCCUUCUGCAGCCCACCACCAAGGUGGUUGUGAUUGUGCUGUUCCUCUGCCUGCUGGUAGUCAGUCUAUACGGGACCACCCAGGUGAGGGACGGCCUGGAAUUGACGGACAUCGUGCCCAGGGAGACCAGCGAGUAUGACUUCAUCGGCGCCCAAUUCAAGUUCUUCUCCUUCUACAACAUGUACGUGGUGACGCAGCGGGCCGAAUACGCCCAGAAGCAGCCUCUGCUGCACCAGCUCCACCAGAGGUUCCACACCAUCCGCUACGUGCUGAAGGAGGACAACGGACAGCUGCCUCGCAUGUGGCUCCACUACUUCAGGGAAUGGCUGCAAGGUCUCCAGCAAGCUUUUGACAAAGACUGGGAGGCCGGCCGCAUCACCUCCACCAACUACAGGAAUGGCUCCGAUGAUGGCGUCCUGGCGUACAAGCUUUUGGUGCAGACGGGACGCAGGGAAAAGCCCAUCAACUUCAACCUGCUGACUCGUCAGAGGCUUGUGGACGCAGAUGGGAUCAUCAACCCCGGGGCUUUCUACAUCUACCUAACCGCCUGGGUCAGCAAUGAUCCUGUGGCCUACGCUGCCUCGCAGGCCAACAUUCGCCCACACCCUCCUGAGUGGCUCCACGACCGUACCGACUCCAUGCCCGAGACACGCCUCAGCAUCCCGGCUGCUGAGCCCAUCGAAUACGCACAGUUCCCCUUCUACCUCAACGGGCUCCGAGAGACGCCGCAGUUUGUGGAGGCCAUCGAGAGCGUGCGGGCCAUCUGCAGCAACUACAGCCGACAAGGCCUACCCUCCUACCCCAAUGGCUACCCUUUCCUGUUCUGGGAACAGUAUGUUAGUCUGCGCCACUGGCUUCUACUGUCCAUCAGUGUCGUGCUCGCCUGCACCUUUCUGGUCUGCGCCCUCUUCCUGCUCAACCCUUGGACUGCCGGCAUCAUAGUGUUGGUGCUUUCUCUCAUGACUGUGGAGCUGUUUGGCUUCAUGGGGCUGAUGGGAAUCAAGCUGAGUGCUGUCCCUGUGGUCAUUCUCAUCGCCUCUGUGGGCAUUGGAGUGGAAUUCACCGUCCAUGUAGCCCUGGCGUUCCUGACAGCCAUAGGGGAUCGUCACAGGCGGGCAGUGUUGGCGUUGGAGCACAUGUUUGCUCCGGUGCUCGAUGGAGCCUUUUCCACCUUAUUAGGCGUCCUCAUGCUCGCUGGCUCCGAGUUCGACUUUAUCGUCAGGUAUUUCUUUGCAGUGUUGGCCAUCCUAACAGUUCUCGGAGUGCUGAAUGGACUGGUCCUUCUUCCAGUAUUACUGUCAUACUUUGGGCCCUAUCCAGAGGUGACUCCAGUCGAUGGUCGUAACCGGUUACCCACCCCGUCCCCAGAGGCCCCUCCUCACGUGGUCCACUUCUCAGUCCGUCCUCACCACACCACUGCGGCCGCCACCACCUCCGGUGCAGCUUCAGACUCGUCGGACUCGGAGUACAGCUCCAACACCACGGUGUCCGGGAUGAGCCGGGAGCUGCAGAACUACAACCUGCCCUCGCACAGAGGACGAGCAGAGGAGCAGCAGCAGCAGUACCACCUCCAGACCAGCAGGGGCAGAGCAGCCAGGACAGAGGAGGAAAGGAGAGCGGGAUCGGGGCAUAGGCGUUCAGCGAGACAGCCUGACCCUCCUGCUUAUACUGUGUCUUUGUCCUCUCAGGGUUGUGAUUCUGGGCCCCAGCCCGGGGCUACACAGCGUAACAGCAGCAGGGACCCCAAGAGCCAGCUGCACUGGCAGGCCCCGCCCCCAGCCCGCCCGCGCAUGGACGCUUUUGAAACUGCUACUGAGGCUGGGGGCCAUCAUGGCUCACACGGCCAUAGAGAACACUCAGCAGGCCACAGAGCCCGCUCUUCCCACAACCCACAGCCUAAUCACCACCUCCCGCACCACCACCCCCCCAACCCCAACCUGUACUGCCAACCCAUCACCACGGUAACAGCGUCAGCCUCCGUCACUGUAGCCGUCCACCCGGCCCCCUUGUCCAACCAGGGCCCCCCCGCUUCCUCUUACCCAGGAUACACUGCAACGGACAGUUUCUGCCAAUCAGGGGCGGAGGGGCCAGAGCCUGCCUUCCAGGACCCACACGUGCCGCUGGACACCCACGCGGGGGCCAGAGGAGUCAACGUGGAGUCCAUGGAGCUUCAAGAUUUGGAGUUUGAGGCAGCUGACAGCAACAGUGGCAGACGGGCAAGCUGAGUUGUGGAGAACGGAAGUACAACGGCCAAAGAUGGACUCCUCUGUAUUACUAAGCAGCUGACCCGGCCUGGCUCAGUCCAGCCCAGCAUAGCCCAGUCCGGCUCGCCCCCUGGCCCCUAAGCAGCGAGAAACUUGCCAGUGUUGCCGCCAUGGUGCUCAUUCUUUACUGUAACCCAGUGGACUAUUGUCUUAGAUAUUUCUAUCUAUAUUUAAAAGAUGUAUACAUAUGUAAAUAUCAACAAAAAGUAGCUAUAAUUUUAGGAGCUGUACAACUCCUCAUGUUAACAGACUGGGGCUGCCAUUUUAUAUGGUGUGUGUGUGUGUGUGUGUGUGUUUGUGUAAAUGUGUGUAUGAGAGAUGGAGAUAGAUCUCUGAUUACUGCUCACUCAUCUGUGGAUCUGUGCCAUUAGGAAGCUUCAUCUAGACAAAAAUACCUGUCAGCAUUCACUGUUGCUGCUCAAAAUAUUUUUUUAAAUAAUAUACAUUUAUAACUCUAUGCAAAUGUCUCUUUAAACAAAAGAAGUGAUCUGUCCACGUAUAUGUGUGUAUGUGUGUGUUUGUGUGUGUGUGUGUGUAGGGCUGUAUGAUGUGAAACAGCCCCAUUAUCUUCUGGCUUCUACAUCAGAUACAUCCUCAGAACAGACUAACAUUUACACUCAUUUAAAACGUGAGGGGAAUUGUUAGCAUUAUCAAACAGGGCUAUGGUAUACAUGUGUAUGUGUGCGUGUUUUAUGUGUGUGUGUUUAUUAUUGUAUAAAGGUACGCAUGUUAAACUAUUAAUUUUUUAUCACAAACCUGUGGUAGUUAUGAAACAAUUACUGUUUAACUUGACACGCUAUGCGUGCUAUUUAAGACGAGCAGAUAUGAAGAAAUUUUUAAAAGCUGUUUUUGUUUUGUUCUUUUUAGUUCUCGCCUCUGCAUUGGAACCUGUUUCUGCUCCCAGCUUUGUAUCACUGUCUUGUUAGGCUGCUCUCUGGUCGCAUUUUACUGUAAGAGGUUAUGUAUUGUUUAACCCUAGCAGGCUCAAAUAUGUAUACUGACGUACGAGCAGUAAACCCACCUCAGAAACUCACUCUGCCAUUACAGGGACAUUCACAUUACUGAUUCUGGAACAGGGUCAACACGGGGCACUAACUAACUGUGUCCGGUGGAUAAGCUAAAGCUCAGACUGUAUACUGUACGAACCCGAUUCAACAUGGCACUUGACUGCAUUUAAACUUCAUUCGCAGGAAUAUCUUGCCUCAAGUAGCUCUUUAUUUCUGUCCAACCAAUAAGCUAUAGCCCACGCAGCCUGCUAAGGGAUAAGCCUUACAUGGCCUGACAAUGUGCUCUAUGCGUGUCUCAGUGUACAGUAUAUGUGUGUAUAAACAUUUAUGUAUGUGUGUGUUUUGGUCCAUCCUCUCACUCCGUCUCCGCUCUCCUUUUAGUGACAGUAAAGACAACUGGCCCCAAUUUGGCCUCAGCCGUCCCCACUGACCUCAGCUAAUAAAAAUCCACAACAUAACGCCAUGACACUAAUUGGACACCCCCCUUCAACUGCCAAAUGGCACCGCCCAGAGCCUCAGGGGUCAGAGUUUACAAUGCCAGCCCCUCUCUCUACCAGCAAUAGGCUAGUUUAUAUAUAUAUAUAUGUGUG